UACCAACCCAUGAAGGGUGGAAGGGAAUAUGUCAGCCGAUAUUUGCGUAAUAGGCCCUUGGUAAGGAGGUGGAGUAUGGCAGUUGGAGGUAUGGCAGUCUCCAAGAGCAGCGCAUUGACUAAAUGCAUGGUUUUACCCGGCCUACCGACUUUCAUGCAUCGGCAGUUCAGCCUCGACGUUUCCUCUCCGCUUUUCCGGACGCAGGGCUAUGUCAACGGGCAGUGGAUCAAUGUUGCGUCUACCUUCCCAGUAUUGGACCCUGCUACGGGAGAAGAAAUUGCUAAAGUCGCAGACUGCGGUCCAACAGAGGCUAAAUUAGCGGUCGACGCAGCCUAUAAAGCUUUCUACUCCUGGAAGCAAUACACAGCAAAGGAAAGAAGUGUUCUUCUACGGAAAUGGUACGAUCUUUUAACAUUGAACAAGGAGGACCUUGCGAAGCUCAUCACCUUUGAGUGUGGCAAGCCUAUGAAGGAGUCCCUGGGGGAGAUUGCUUACGCUGCUUCCUUCCUGGAGUGGUUCUCUGAGGAGGCGCGUCGUGUCUAUGGGGAUGUUGUGCCAUCCGCAACGAAGGAUCGUAAGAUCCUUCUAAUGAAACAGCCUGUGGGUGUGGCCUCCAUCAUCACUCCGUGGAACUUCCCUAGUGCUAUGAUUACCCGGAAAGUUGGCGCGGCCCUGGCUGCCGGUUGCACCGUCGUGGUGAAACCUGCUGAGGACACACCCCUCUCUGCCCUGGCACUUGCCGAGCUGGCAGGACAGGCUGGAAUCCCGGCGGGGGUUUUUAACGUGGUGCCCUGCUCCAGAGAGAAGACCCCCUCUGUAGGCACAAUCCUCUGCACAGACCCCCUGGUGAGGAAGGUCUCCUUCACUGGAUCCACUUCCACUGGCAAGAUUCUCUUGAAACAAGCUGCCGACACUGUCAAGAGGGUUUCUAUGGAGCUGGGUGGCCAUGCCCCCUUCAUCGUGUUUGACAGUGCUGAUCUGGACAAGGCUGUGGCGGGAGCCAUGAACUCCAAAUUCAGGAACUCAGGACAGACAUGCGUCUGCUCCAACCGCUUCCUGGUCCAAAGUGGUAUCCAUGAUCGGUUCGUAGAGAAGUUAGGGAAAGCCAUGGAUACAGAGCUCCGUUUGGGCCAUGGCGCUGAUCCAAACACCACCCAAGGACCCCUCAUCAAUGUCCGUGCCGCAGAGAAGGUUGAGCACCAGGUACAGGAUGCAGUGUCCCAGGGGGCCAAGGUCCUUAGGGGGGGUAAGCGUCUGGAUGGCUCCUUCCAUCAGCCCACCCUUCUGACUGACGUUACCACACACAUGCUGUGUACCAAAGAGGAAACCUUUGGGCCUUUAUUGCCUGUCAUCAGGUUUAACACGGAAGAGGAAGCACUUGCCAUUGCCAAUGCAUCCGAUGUGGGUUUAGCAGGCUACUUUUUUUCCCAGGAUGUGAGUCAGAUCUGGCGGGUGACGGAGAAUCUGGAGGUAGGCAUGGUGGGGGUGAACGAGGGCCUUCUCUCCACCCCGGAGGCCUCCUUCGGCGGAGUCAAACAGUCGGGCAUUGGUCGCGAGGGCUCCAAAUACGGUGUAGAUGAGUACCUGGAUGUCAAGUACAUGUGCUUUGGAGGGCUAACUCUGUGAGGUACUACUGCAUCCCCUACCUCCAGUGGAAGUACUGGGGACAUGUGGGGAGGUGACAACUCUUUGACGUUCCCAUGGGGCAUGCGGUGAGUGUGGAGAAAGGGAGGGUUCUUAGAGGUUGUAGUAACAGUUAAUUUCACAUAAAAAAAACAAAACAAGGUACCACAAUCGGUACAUAUAAUUCCUUUACAAAUGACAAAUUCUUUUCCUCUGGAUGUUUUGUAAUUUUAAGUUGAGUGCGUGAUCCCUCAGAUCUUGGGAUCGCUGCAAGCUUGAGUACAGACAGAAAGCUUUCAUAGUAUUAAAUGCCAUAAGUGACCUGUUAUUCAUCAUCUCUAAAAAGCUGCAGAUAUAUCCCUGUCACAAGUUCCGUUCUCCUUAAAAGUUUCUUAACUUCAUCACUGACCACUGGUCUGUAAAGACUGGAGUAUAGUGGGAACCCUUACCAGUACAAGUGAUUAAUUGAAUUGGGUGGGAAGGAAUCCACUUAAAGAGUAUUUGGAUAUAACACCUUAACACGCCACUUUAAUCUGAGGGAUCACAUCCUCCUGAGAGGUUGCGAUACAUAAGUACAUUUUUCGUAAUGUAGGAUUGGACCCUUGAUGUGGAACACCAUAAGUCUGCCAUAGAGUUUGGUCGACUUAAAGAUGCAGUCUGGAACUUCUGUGAUUAACAAAAUAUAAUUUUAAACCUUCCAUUUUAGGCUGGAUGUAUACUAUGUUGUUUAUGUUUGCAGAAUCUAUAGUAAUUGCUAUCUUACCUCAGUUAGCUGUGUUUUUCCAAUUGUAAUAGAAAGUGGUUUUGAUGACUUUUGUCUCUAAAAUAAGUUGAAAUUGAUCAAAGUAUUUGCUGUCUACAAUUCUUUAUUUCACGCUUAUUACAGAACCCUUUUAAAUCAGAAAUGGAAUUUACAUCCUAGACUCAAUAUGUGGUAGCACUAAUAUAUACAGUAACAGUCAAAACUUUGGACACCUACCCAGUCAAGGGCAUUUUAUCUUUUUAUUUUUACUAUUUUCCACAUUCUAGAAUAAUAGUGAAGAUUUCAAGCCAUGUAGUCACCAUACAGAUGUUAAAGAAAUCUAAAUACAUUUAUAUUUUAGAUUCUUCAAAGUAGCUACCCUUUGCCUAGAUAACAGCCUUGCUCACUCUUGGCAUUCUCUGUACCAGCAGUAGUGGUUUCUUUGCAGCAAUUGAACCAUGAAGGCCGGAUUCUUGCAGUCUCCUCUGAACAAUUGAUGUUGAGAUGUCUGUUACUUGAACUCUGAGAAGCGUUUAUUUGAGCUGUAAUCUGAGGUGCAGUUAAUUCCCUAUUUCUGAGGCUGGUAACUCUAAUGAACUUAUCCUCAACAGCAGAGGAAACUCUGGGGCUCCCUUUCCCCCAUAGUGGUCCUCAUGAGAGCCGGUUUCAUCAUACCAACCUACCUUGUCAUAACACAACUGACUCAAAAACAAAUUAACUUUUAACAGGGCACACCUGUUAUUUGAAAUUUCAGCUGUAAUUAAGGGCUUCAAUAGGCAUGGAUGAGCUUCCUGUACCUCUGUACUGGCAUCUGGUCUACUCUUAUUAUGCAACUACUCCAUUUCAUCCAUAUUUCAAGUUUGACUCCCAACCACUGCUUGUAGUUCUUGACAGAUUUUCAAUAGGACUCAUUGCUGGCCACUUCAGAACUGUCCAGCCCAGUGUCUUCAACCAUUCUUGGAUUUUGAGUUGUGUUUUGAUUUUCAUGCUGGAAGACCCAUGACCUUUCAUGGAGACUCACCUUUCUGACACCGGGUUCAACAUUGCUCUCCAAAGUCCUUUUGUAUUCUCCUGAUUUAAUGAUGCCAUGCACACAGUCAAGGCAACCAGUGCCAGAGGCAGUAAAGCAAACCCAAAACACCACAGAACCUAUUUGACUUGUUCUUUUCUCUGAAGGCUUAGUUUUUUUUUUUUUAAUGAUGGUGUGGUUUACCACAGCUCAAAUUUGGUCUCAUCUGUCCAAAGGUGAUUGUCCAGAAGGAUUUUCUGGCCUGUUCAGGUGUGUUUUGACAAGCAUCAGUUGGGCUUUCUCAUGUCUCACUUAGUAGGGGAUUUCCUACCAUAUUACCCCCUUUUAACUGAAUUUGUCGACAGAUGAUGCAAGUAGCACUGUCAGCUUUAAGCCUUAUGCCAAGUGAACAAUCUCCACCAUUCAAACAAUUCUUUGCUGCAGUUUUCUAUCAUGUUUUCUAAUUCGGCCCCAUCAAAGGAGGUCGGUUCCAUUGGAAUGAAUCUUUAACUUCUUGAUAACAUUAAGCAUUGUGGAAACCAGUACAUCAAGGUCUCUGGAGCUCGGCUUCAGUUAAAUGUAAUGAAAUCAAAUUCUUACCGCUUCUUGAAGGUGCCAAUAACAGUUAUAUUGCCAGUAAGAUUUUCCUAAAUUAUUUAGAUUUUGUGCCUCUGUUCAACCGCAGACUGAAGCUACAUGUUUGGAUACCAACAGUUUUCUGGUGAAGAUGGUGCGUUAUUUGAAUGAAAGUGCAAGGUGCCCAUACUUUUGGCCAAGACUGUAUAUGACAGUAAACUAUUUUUGUGGCUCGAUUGUUCCCGUUUUACUACCAGUGAUCAAAAGUCUCAGAAUGCCUCUCCUUUUCUUUGCAUGACUACAUCAAAAUCCCCUUACAAUUAACUGGCAAGCUAGAUGUAUUAGAGAAUGGAGAUGUCAUUUGAUAUUAAUGAAUUACAGUAUUUUUGUAAGAUGUAAGGAAUAGCCUUUUUGAGCUAAGCAGUUCAAAAUAAAUGAAGUAUAAAUCUUGGUUGUAAAUGUAUUUUUAACUGUCCUAAUUAUUAAGAAAAUGUUGACCAUGUCACUACAUUUCUGUAGUUUGUUGUCAAGGGUGGAUAGCCUUCCCACAUAGUAUUCAGCCAGCUGUGCCUGAACAGCAGUCUGAAUGCUAUAAUAAUUCCUAUCAAAUGUCCUGUAAGUGCCAUCAGAUUUCAACGUAUUCUGUUUUUCUAGUUGUGACUGUCUCAUUGUUAAAAGGUGUAUUCCUAACUAUUGUAGAUAUGAAUGGAUUACUUUACAAAAUAAAGAAUAAAAAUAACUGUGACUUAUCUUUCAAACACUUUAUUGGUUUAUGGUAUAUAGUGCCCUAGUAUUGGUAUUGGGACAAAUAUUGAAAGACAAUUCAAAAAAUUAAUGUGUAUAUGAAUACUUAUGCUCACAUGAAAGGAAAGGAUUUUACUUGGAAAGUGCUGUUAUUCUUAGUUAUUAAAAUGUAUUGAAGCAACUAGAAAUAAAAGGUGACAGUCUGUA